AGGUGGAAGCGUGCGGAACAUCACGCUAUAAUGGCAUACUGAAUAUCAGAAAUCUUGCCGGCUACUGUAACCCUGCGAGUGAAAUUUUUCUAAAAAACUCGUUGAAUCAUGUCAAUGCAAGAACACGGUUUAAUAGAAAAUGGCGACAUCUUCAACAACAUCUCUUUCUUCGUCUUCUACGACCGGAACAACACCAGCAGCCGCUACUACUAAAACUAGUAGUUGUGUUGGGUUACUACAGCCAGCUUUUCGUCUUGAGGAACUUCCGGGACGAGGGGUCGGUGCGAUUGCGACGCGAAGGAUUCGCAGAGGUGAGAUCGUCGUUUUAGAAGAAGCUGCUAUCCGUGUUUCCGCGAGAGAAUUUACUAAUCCUACAGAGGAUGAGCACACGCAAAAGGGCC